GAAGAAAUAUAUAUGGCAGAUUUUAAGUUUAAUUUUUUUUUUCGUAGUGAUCUUAGUGAAAAUCAGAUUCAAGCGAUACCACGGAAGGCAUUCCGAGGAGCAGUAGACAUAAAAAAUCUGCAACUGGAUUACAACCAGAUCAGCUGUAUUGAAGAUGGGGCAUUUAGGGCUCUGCGUGACCUGGAAGUGCUCACGCUCAACAAUAACAACAUUACUCGACUGUCCGUGGCAAGUUUCAACCAUAUGCCCAAACUGAGAACAUUUCGUCUUCACUCCAACAACCUCUAUUGCGAUUGCCAUCUGGCCUGGUUGUCUGACUGGCUGCGGCAGCGGCCGCGGGUUGGCCUCUACACCCAGUGCAUGGGGCCAUCUCAUCUCCGGGGACACAAUGUAGCUGAGGUCCAGAAACGGGAGUUUGUCUGCAGUGGUCACCAGUCUUUCAUGGCUCCAUCCUGCAGUGUCUUGCAUUGCCCUGCUGCAUGCACCUGUAGUAACAAUAUUGUGGACUGUCGUGGAAAAGGCCUUACUGAGAUCCCAACAAACCUUCCAGAAACCAUUACUGAAAUACGAUUAGAACAAAAUUCAAUCAAGGUCAUACCUCCUGGAGCUUUCUCACCAUAUAAAAAGCUUCGAAGAAUUGACCUGAGCAAUAACCAGAUUUCUGAAGCAGCUCCAGAUGCUUUCCAGGGCUUACGUUCACUCAAUUCACUUGUCCUCUAUGGCAAUAAAAUUACAGAACUUCCAAAGGGCCUAUUUGAAGGACUCUUUUCUCUUCAAUUGCUUUUAUUGAAUGCCAACAAGAUCAAUUGCCUGCGAGUUGAUGCUUUUCAAGAUCUGCACAACUUGAAUCUUCUUUCUUUGUAUGACAACAAGCUUCAGACCAUUGCAAAAGGCACCUUCUCACCCCUACGUGCAAUUCAGACCUUGCAUUUGGCUCAGAAUCCAUUUAUCUGUGACUGCCAUCUGAAGUGGCUGGCGGAUUAUCUUCAUACAAACCCCAUUGAGACCAGUGGUGCCCGUUGCACCAGCCCCCGCCGUCUGGCAAACAAAAGGAUCGGCCAGAUCAAAAGCAAGAAAUUCCGCUGCUCAGCUAAAGAACAGUAUUUCAUUCCAGGCACUGAAGAUUACAGAUCCAAAUUAAGUGGAGACUGCUUUGCAGAUUUGGCUUGCCCUGAGAAAUGUCGCUGUGAAGGGACCACAGUGGAUUGCUCCAAUCAGAAACUCAACAAAAUUCCCGAUCACAUCCCCCAGUACACAGCAGAGUUGCGACUAAAUAACAAUGAAUUUUCAGUUCUGGAAGCUACUGGAAUCUUUAAGAAACUUCCUCAGCUGCGUAAAAUAAACCUGAGCAAUAAUAAGAUUACCGAUAUUGAAGAAGGAGCAUUUGAUGGAGCCUCUGGUGUGAAUGAACUGUUACUCACUAGCAACCGCUUGGAGAGUGUUCGACACAAAAUGUUCAAAGGACUAGAAAGUCUCAAAACACUGAUGCUGAGGAGCAACCGUGUGAGCUGUGUGGGAAACGACAGCUUCACGGGCCUGAGCUCAGUCCGUCUGCUCUCACUGUAUGACAACCAGAUCACCACUGUGGCACCCGGCUCCUUCGAUACCCUGCAUUCGCUCUCUACAUUAAACCUCUUGGCCAAUCCCUUCAACUGCAACUGCCAUCUUGCGUGGCUUGGAGAUUGGCUGAGGAAGAAACGCAUUGUGACAGGGAACCCUCGCUGCCAAAAACCUUACUUCCUCAAGGAGAUUCCCAUCCAGGAUGUGGCAAUUCAGGAUUUUACAUGCGAUGAUGGAAAUGAUGACAAUAGCUGCUCUCCGCUGUCCCGCUGCCCUGCAGAAUGUACUUGUCUAGACACAGUAGUUCGCUGCAGCAACAAAGGCCUAAAAGCUUUGCCUAAAGGCAUCCCAAAAGAUGUAACUGAACUUUAUUUGGAUGGAAAUCAGUUUACCCUUGUUCCAAAAGAGCUUUCCAACUACAAGCAUUUAACACUUAUAGAUUUAAGUAACAACAGAAUCAGCACGCUUUCUAAUCAGAGCUUCAGCAACAUGACUCAGCUGCUCACCUUAAUUCUUAGUUACAACCGCCUGAGGUGUAUCCCUGCACGGACUUUUGAUGGGUUGAAAUCACUUAGGUUGUUGUCUUUACAUGGCAAUGAUAUUUCUGUUGUUCCUGAAGGAGCUUUUAAUGAUCUUUCAGCAUUAUCACACCUGGCUAUUGGAGCAAAUCCUCUUUAUUGUGAUUGUAACAUGCAGUGGUUAUCUGACUGGGUGAAAUCCGAAUACAAAGAACCCGGUAUUGCACGUUGUGCUGGUCCUGGAGAAAUGGCAGAUAAACUUCUUCUGACAACUCCUUCUAAAAAAUUUACUUGCCAAGGGCCUGUGGAUGUUAAUAUUCUUGCUAAGUGUAACCCCUGUUUAUCAAAUCCAUGUAAAAAUGAUGGAACCUGCAACAAUGAUCCAGUUGACUUCUAUAGAUGUACUUGCCCAUAUGGUUUCAAGGGUCAAGACUGUGAUAUUCCCAUUCAUGCUUGUAUUAGUAACCCAUGCCACCAUGGCGGAACUUGUAAUUUGAAAGAAGGAGAAAAAGAUGGUUUCUGGUGCACUUGUGCAGAUGGAUUUGAAGGUGAAAACUGUGAAAUAAAUGUUGAUGACUGUGAAGACAAUGAUUGUGAAAAUAAUUCUACUUGUGUGGAUGGAAUUAAUAACUAUACUUGCCUUUGUCCACCUGAAUAUACAGGUGAGCUCUGUGAGGAGAAACUAGAUUUCUGUGCUCAAAACCUGAAUCCUUGCCAGCAUGACUCAAAAUGUAUCUUGACACCCAAAGGAUACAAAUGUGAUUGCACACCUGGAUACGUAGGCGAGCAUUGUGAUAUUGACUUUGAUGACUGCCAGGACAACAAAUGUAAAAAUGGAGCGCAGUGUACUGAUGCAGUUAAUGGAUAUACAUGUAUUUGCCCAGAAGGAUACAGUGGCUUGUUUUGUGAGUUUUCACCACCAAUGGUUCUACCUCGCACCAGCCCUUGUGAUAAUUAUGAAUGCCAAAAUGGAGCCCAGUGUAUCAUAAAAGAGAGUGAACCGAUCUGUCAGUGUUUAUCAGGCUACCAGGGCGAGAAAUGUGAAAAGCUGAUCAGUAUAAACUUUGUCAACAAAGAAUCCUAUUUACAAAUCCCUUCAGCUAAGAUACGCCCCCAAACCAAUAUCACUCUACAGAUUGCCACAGAUGAAGACAGUGGGAUCCUGCUCUACAAAGGCGACAAAGAUCAUAUAGCAGUAGAGCUGUACCGAGGUAGAGUGAGGGUCAGUUAUGACACAGGAUCUUAUCCAGCCUCUGCUAUUUACAG